UCAGAGUAAAGGUACCCUUUGAACUGAAUACUGUUUGAUCAUUGCAAGCCAACCUCAAAGUCCAUCAGGAGGAUUUGUUCACAAACAAACAGAAUACACACUGAUGCUUCUCAGAGACACAGAGAGCAGAAAACAUUUCAAAAGGAUGUGGAUUCUUUUAGUCAUAGCAACAACCUUUCUCCUAAAUGCUCCAGCUUUGGGUGGAGUGAAGGACCUCAGUUCACACUUCAGCUUCUACGAGCAAAGUACUGCAAUGACUCUUAAUCCACAGAAAAUUCCCCAGGGUGGUGACAACCUACAGAUGGAGUCUGUGUCUCCAAACUUCCAUCAGGACAACACGGUCACCAAAGAUUUGCCACUAGAAGGCUUGGAAGAGGACGAUUACAUUGAUUUUGAUAAGAUAUUGGCAGAAGGAGAUGACUACACUGAAGGUGAUGCAAUAGAUGAAAUCACCACACCUGAGCCAGACCUUGACUUUGUUUCAGAGCUUUCUGACCCGAAAGCGUGCCGAGCAUGUCUCUUGAGACUCUUUCAUGGUCGAACACGGCUGCAGCGCAUUAAUGUGGUCAAUGCCUUUUUUGGAUUUCGCCUCUAUCGAAGCCUCCGCAGCCAAGUGAACCAAACAGAUAAUGUCCUGCUGGCACCUGCUGGAAUCUCCAUUACCAUGGGAAUGAUUGCACUUGCUGUUGGUUCUACCACACACAAGCAGCUCUACCAAGCAUUAGGCUUUGCUGAAUUUGUCAAUGCGAGCAUCCACUAUAAUGAUUCCACUGUGCACAAGCUUUUUAGCAAACUUACACACCGACUCUUCAGACGAAACUUUGGCUACACUUUGCGAUCUGUCAAUGACUUUUACAUCAAGCAUACUGUUGUCAUGACAGAGGGCUUCUGUAGUCAGGCAAAGACAUAUUAUUUUGCUGAGCCUCAAUCUGUGGAUUUUAGUGACCCAGCUUUCCUUGUGAAAGCCAACCAGCGCAUUCAGAAGAUGACCAAAGGGCUGAUCAAGGAACCACUUAAAAGUGUUGACCCCAACAUGGUGAUGAUACUUCUAAACUACCUGUACUUUAAAGGGACAUGGGAGCAGAAGUUUCCAGAGGAGCUGACACAUUACCGAAACUUCCGUGUGAAUGAGAAGCACCAGGUUCGUGUGCCCAUGAUGCAGAAUAAGGGUACUUACCUGGCUGCAGCUGACCAUGAGCUGAACUGUGAUGUCCUACAGCUGCCCUACAAAGGCAACAUAAGCAUGCUCAUUGCUGUGCCACAGAAACUCUCUGGUAUGAAAAUCCUUGAACAAGAGGUCUCACCUACUGUCAUUAACAAGUGGCUCAACAAUAUGACCAACAGAACGCGUGAGGUGGUGUUCCCACGGUUUAAGUUGGUGCAGAGCUAUGAUCUGGUCAACCACUUGAAGCAGCUGGGUCUAACAGAGCUCUUCACAGAAAAGGGUGACUUCUCUCCUUUGGCUUCUGAGAAAGUCUCUGUCAACUGGUUUAAGCACCAGAGUGCCAUCACAGUAAAUGAGGAGGGCACUGAAGGAGCAGCACUGACCCAUGUGGGUUUCAUGCCUCUGUCAACACAAACACGCUUCAUUGUGGACCGGCCGUUUCUCUUUUUCAUCUACGAACACCGCACCGACUGCCUCAUCUUUAUGGGACGGGUUGCAGACCCAUCAAAGAGUUAAUUUUCUAUACACAUACAGCAAGGCUUUAAAGGUAUUAUAAACUAAGCAUUGUAAUAAGUGCACUGCAAUGGUAUUUCACUAAUGUCAUUAAUGCAGAGUCAGCAAAGCUAGAGUUUUGCCAGUCUCAGUAGUACUCAGCAGUAUUAUGGUAAAUAAUAAAUGGUAUAAUUAAUAUUAAUUUCUACUUUUUAAGUAAGUAUGAAACACAUCAUAUGUUACAUUAAAACAUUUAAAGCAUUAUAA